AUGAUGUACCUUUCUUUGACCAGGGCGCCUCGCGACCUCAAGGAGGCCAUUGACUGGUUGGUGGCUUUGAAGGGAGAUGAUCCGAAGAACAACUUGAGGGCCAUAAGUGACGCAAUUUACAACCUUCUCGAAAGCGACACUCUCGGCUUGAAGAUGUUGCCCGCCCUCAAGAUAAUUAGGCGCAUUUCUCAGAGGUUCUUGCAGAAGCAGGAGCUUCAGGAUCAGGUGUUUGUAAGGGCAUCGGCGAGGAAGAUGAACAAGUUGGUGGACAAGACCCCCGGUGGAGUCAAUGUUCCGAAGAAUGUCACCCCUGAAACCAUUGCGAACAACGUGACUCAUGUUGUUGUUGGUGCCGAGAUAUUCUUGAACGACAUCAAGGACCUUGACGAGUACAAGUCUGCUUACAGUUCGGAAGCGACAUGGUCUAACUCGUGUUCUACCAAGCCGGAAGCUUGCGCGGUAAUCUUUGUCGGAAUUGCGCCAAUAUUGUUUGCUGGCCUGCGCUACGUGCGUGAUGCGUCUUUAGCUGCCAAGCUUCCUAUUUCGAAGUACACCGGAAGGGGUCGUUUGGAUGAUAUAAUGAAGUCUCUGGGUUACAAGGACACGCAAUACAAGGAAAGGAUUACUCGUUCUGACAUCCUCACCGCGUUGAGGGCCGUGGAUCACCAAACGAUGGCGACGCUUCAUGACCUCGCCUCAAUUUGA